UGAUACGAAAGGAAGGCAAUGGAAAAAUGCAAUGACAGCUCAGAGUACGGUUUUAUCCUGGUGGGUUUCUCUGAUUGUCCCAAGCUGGAGAUGGUGCUCUUUAUAAUAAAUUUUAUUCUGUAUUCCAUGGCUGUGCUAGGAAAUUCGACCAUAAUCCUUGUGUGUAUAUUAGACUCUCGACUUCACACCCCAAUGUACUUCUUUCUGGCAAAUCUUUCCUUUCUAGAUCUCUGCUUCAGUACUAGUUGCAUUCCGCAAAUGCUGGUAAACCUCUGGGGCCCUGACAAGACCAUCAGCUAUACCGGCUGUGUUGUCCAGCUUUUCUCUUUCCUUUCCGUUGGGGGAAUUGAGUGCAUCCUUCUGGCUGUCAUGGCCUAUGACUGCUAUGCUGCAGUCUGCAGACCUCUGCACUACCUGGUCAUUAUGCACCCCCAGCUAUGUCUAGGACUGGUGGCUGCAGCCUGGGGGAGUGGACUGGUCAAUGCCAUUGUCAUGUCACCACUAACCAUGACCCUCUCCAGAUGUGGCCACUGCCGAGUUAACCAUUUCCUCUGUGAAAUGCCAGCAUUGAUCAAGAUGGCUUGUGUGGAUGCUUGUGCCGUGGAAAUGCUGGUCUUUGCUUUUGCCGUUCUCAUCGUCCUAUUGCCCCUCACUCUUAUUCUUGUCUCCUACGGCUACAUCGCUGCAGCUGUGCUAAGAAUCAAGUCGGCUGCCAGGCGAUGGAAGGCCGUCAAGACCUGUAGUUCUCACCUCACAGUGGUCUCCCUGUUUUAUGGGAGCAUCAUCUAUAUGUAUAUGCAGCCAGGAAACAGCUCUUUCCAAGACCAAGGCAAGUUUCUCACUCUCUUCUACAACCUGGUGACUCCUAUAUUGAAUCCCCUCAUCUAUACUUUAAGGAAUAAGGAGGUGAAAGGGGCACUGAAGAAAGUUUUGGGGAGGCAAUAA